GAAGACGUGUGUCGGAGGCCGGCCGCCCGCUCGCCAGGGACGCGGAUGCCGCUCCCCGGGGAGGAGGGGGCGGGGCAUUCAGGUCCUGGGAGGUGGCACCUUUUGUCUGCUCGCGGCGGCCGCCCCGCCGUCUCACCUCCCUCCCCCUCCCCCCUGCGACCUAUCCCCUUUCGCAGCCCCUGACACCUCCUCCCGGGCCCUCCAGCGCGCGCUCUCACCCUUGUUUUGUUUGGACUUGGGGGAGGUAGGGCCGCGCUUCACUAGCCUUGCGCCCUCCCCUCCCCCGCGCCCCGUCGCGCAUGCGUUAGGGUGCGCCACGGCGCCCUAUUGGCUGCGGGCUGGCGCAUGCGCGAAGGCCUGCCCCUCGCCCGCCGCGCCCUCCCCCGUCACCCCCCUUCACUCCGUCAACGAUCUUCCCGCCGGUUCGAGAGAUGCCGGCGGCGGUGACUGGCUGUGGCGGGCCCGCCCCCCGGCUUCUCCGCCCCUGCCGCCGCCAUUACGGCGCUCCCAGUGGUUGACUCUUCACCACACUGAAACCAUUAGGAAAAAUCCUUGUGGUUAUCAGCAGAGGCUUCAGAGUGUGUUACCUGUAUUCAGUCCUAGAAAUGAUUUUAAAUGGCGACUGAUACGUCUCAAGGUGAACUCGUCCAUCCUAAGGCACUCCCACUUAUAGUAGGAGCUCAGCUGAUCCACGCGGACAAGUUAGGUGAGAAGGUAGAAGAUAGCACCAUGCCAAUUCGACGGGCUGUGAAUUCUACCCGGGAGACUCCACCUAAAAGCAAGCCUGUUGAAGGAGAGGAAGAAAAGCCAGAACCAGAUGUAACCUCAGAGGAAUCUGUCUCCACUGUAGAAGAACCAGAGAAUGAAAUUCCACCUGCAACAUCUAGUGAGACAGAACAGCCCAAGGGGGAGCCUGAGAAGGAAGAGAAGGAAGAAAACAAGUCUUCUGAGGAAACCAAAAAGGAUGAAAAAGAUCAGCCCAAAGAAAAGGAGAAGAAAGUGAAAAAAACAAUACCUUCCUGGGCCACCCUUUCUGCCAGCCAGCUAGCCAGGGCCCAGAAACAGACACCGAUGGCUUCCUCUCCUCGUCCGAAGAUGGAUGCAAUUCUAACUGAGGCUAUUAAGGCAUGCUUCCAGAAGAGUGGUGCAUCAGUGGUUGCUAUUCGAAAAUAUAUCAUCCAUAAAUAUCCUUCUCUGGAACUAGAGAGAAGAGGCUAUCUCCUUAAGCAAGCACUAAAAAGAGAAUUAAAUAGAGGAGUCAUCAAGCAGGUAAAAGGAAAAGGUGCAUCUGGAAGUUUUGUUGUGGUCCAGAAAUCAAGAACAACACCUCAGAAGUCUAGAAACAGAAAGAAGAGCUCUACAGUGUAUCCAGAGCCACAAGUAAAAUUGGAGGAUGUGCUCCCCUUGGCCUUCACUCGGCUUUGUGAACCUAAAGAAGCUUCCUACAGUCUCAUCAGGAAAUACGUGUCUCAGUAUUAUCCUAAACUUAGAGUGGACAUCAGGCCCCAGCUGUUGAAGAAUGCUUUGCAGAGAGCAGUAGAGAGAGGCCAGCUAGAACAAAUAACUGGCAAAGGUGCUUCGGGGACAUUCCAGCUAAAGAAAUCAGGGGAGAAACCCCUGCUUGGUGGAAGCCUGAUGGAAUAUGCAAUCUUGUCUGCCAUUGCUGCCAUGAAUGAGCCGAAGACCUGCUCCACCACUGCUCUGAAGAAGUACAUCUUGGAAAACCACCCAGGGACCAAUUCUAACUAUCAGAUGCAUUUGCUGAAGAAAACCCUGCAGAAGUGUGAGAAGAAUGGGUGGAUGGAGCAGAUCUCUGGUAAAGGAUUUAGUGGCACCUUCCAGCUCUGUUUUCCCUAUUACCCCAGCCCAGGAGUUCUUUUUCCAAAGAAAGAGACAGAUGACUCUGAAGAUGAAGAUGAAGAUGAAGAUGAGUCAUCAGAAGAAGAAUCUGAGGAUGAAGAGCCUCCACCUAAGAGAAGGUUGCAGAAGAAAACUCCGGCCAAGUCUCCAGGGAAGACUGUAUCCGUAAAGCAGAAAGGAUCCAAGCCUGCACCUAAAGUCCCAGCUGCCCAGCGGGGAAAAGUUAGGCCCCUGCCCAAGAAAGCCCCUCCUAAGGCCAAAACUCCUGCCAAGAAAGCCAGACCCUCACCAUCAGUCAUCAAGAAACCUAGUAGUAGCUCUUCAAAGAAGCCUGCAACCAGUGCGAGAAAGGAAGUGAAAUUGCCUAGCAAGGGUAAAUCUACCAUGAAGAAGUCUUUCAAGGCAAAAAAGUAAAUUGUUCAGGAAGAAAGGGUAUCAUGAUAAAAUUCAAAAGUCUAAAUAUUUUAUUAGAUCAGUAUGCAUUUGUUUUAGUUUAAUGCUUUUCUCCUCCCAUGUGGACAUUGUGGGGAAGGGGGUGGACACAUAAACCAGUCUAGGCAUUUGUUAGCUUUAGGACAUUGUUCCUACCUAGCACCUGCCCCUUCCCUCAGUCACUUAAUUUCUCCAGUAAUACUGGACUCCCAAACUAUGGAAUCUGUACUGUCCUUUUUGCUGCCCCCCCCACCUCUAUUCUUUUUUUUCCUUUUUAAUUAUCUGAUUUGGCUUCUCAUUUCCCCCUUCCAGUUUUAUCUAAACAGUUGCAGAGAUUUUUAUAUUUGUAGAAAGCAUCAAAAACAGGAUGCUGGUCAGGUGCUACAGGAGGCAGGCUAGCACUGACCAAAUCGCAAAGCCUGCCUAGAGAAUUCAGUUACAGCUCUGGGGCUGGGAAUGUGGCCUAGUGGUAGAGUGCUUGCCUAGCAUGCACGAAGCCCUGGGUUUGAUUCCUCAGCCCCACAUAUACAG